AUGUCCAGCUAUCCGCUUUUAUGCAACGUUGCGCACAGUCGUCAUCACCGUAUAGCAAUGACUAAGGCUGCAAACGACUCAUCAUCACCACCAAAUCACUCGUUCAUCAGUGCUAUGUUUCUCACGAAGGAUAAUGCUGACCUCGGUCAAGAGGUCACUUCGGUGAAUGCUCACAGAACGGCCAUCAAAGGCGAUCAUCACAACAAAAUGAACACUCCAAUAAAUCUCAGCUGGAAUAUCAACACGGUUCAAAUCGAUCCCAUCAAAGCAUCGCAACUACCAGAAUUCACUUAUCAAUUCAAAAGUUUCGAUCACGAUAGUUUCGAACGCAACCCACAAACACCGCAAUUUCAGGCUACGAGAGAUUUUCUUCAUACAAAAAUCUCAUCGAGAAGAAUUAUUCGAAUCGUUUCAAUGGAAGAAAGAAAUUUUACGAAAAUAUCGAAACUAGUUAAUGCCGCUGUUUGCAAUUUUAAAGCGUGCGUAGCUGGCAACGUAGCCGAUUCACUCUCACAAAUAUUUCUGCUCACACCACGACCUGAGGUCCGGAAUCGUGCCUAUGAGCUGCUAGGCGCAAGCAAUGCUCGACAGUUCGCAAGUGCUGUGGAAAAACACAUCAAUAGAUAUCUGGAAGUUGCAAGAGGCGAAAUGAACGAUAGAAGGUAA